CGCCCCCACCCUCAGCAGCAGCAGCAGCAGCUCGGCCGAGCCCGGAGCGAGGCGGGAAGCGUCGCUGGCGGAGUCGGCUGGGCUCAGCCGUCGUCCCGCUCGGCCCCGGCUGUCCCGGAGAGCGCCUCCUGCCGCCGGUCCGCUCCGCAGAGCGCUCUCCCGCCCCAGCGCCUCCCCGCUGCCGGAGCGCCGCCGGCAGGAGCCCGGCCAGAUAUCCUUGAUUUGCAGAAGGCAUCUCAAAAUGUUGUGUCGAGCUGCUCUGAGCCCUCUUGUCCGUUCCCCUGGAUGGUGCUUUGUGUUACCGCCACAUGCCAUCGCAGCCAUUUCCCGUUUCUAUAUCCCUCACCAUAAUCAAAGAUUAAGGAAUGAAUCCAUCCGUUAUUGGAGCAACAUCCCAUUUAUCACCAUGCCACUCAGCCGUGCACACGGCAAAUCAUUUGCACACCGCAGUGAGCUGAAGCAUGCAAAGCGGAUUGUAGUGAAGCUGGGUAGUGCUGUCGUGACUCGAGGAGAUGAGUGUGGCUUGGCCCUUGGGAGGCUGGCAUCUAUUGUGGAACAGGUGUCAAUGCUGCAGAAUCAGGGCCGAGAGAUGAUGAUUGUUACCAGUGGUGCUGUAGCUUUUGGAAAGCAGCGGUUACGUCAUGAGAUCUUGCUUUCUCAGAGCGUGAGGCAAGCACUUCAUUCAGGCCAGAGUCAGCUAAAAGAUAUGGCUAUUCCAGUCUUAGAGGCCCGAGCCUGUGCAGCAGCUGGCCAGAGUGGACUAAUGGCUCUGUAUGAAGCCAUGUUUACGCAGUACAGCAUCUGUGCAGCUCAAAUUUUAGUCACCAACCUGGAUUUCCAUGACGAACAGAAACGUCGGAACUUAAAUGGAACAUUACAUGAACUUUUAAGAAUGAAUAUUGUCCCUAUAAUUAACACUAAUGAUGCUGUUGUUCCACCUCCAGAGCCGAACAGUGAUCUGCAGGGGGUAAAUGUGAUUAGUGUGAAGGAUAAUGACAGUCUGGCAGCACGACUGGCUGUUGAAAUGAAGACUGAUCUCCUGAUUGUUCUCUCAGAUGUAGAAGGACUCUUUGACAGCCCUCCAGGAUCUGAUGAUGCAAAGCUCAUUGACAUAUUCUACCCAGGAGACCAACAAUCUGUGACAUUUGGAACCAAAUCCCGGGUGGGAAUGGGAGGCAUGGAAGCCAAGGUGAAAGCAGCUCUGUGGGCCCUCCAAGGAGGCACCUCUGUAGUGAUUGCAAAUGGAACCCACCCAAAGAUAUCGGGUCAUGUCAUCACAGAUAUUGUGGAAGGGAAGAAGGUUGGAACUUUUUUUUCAGAGGUAAAGCCUGCAGGCCCUACAGUAGAGCAGCAGGGUGAAAUGUCUCGAGCUGGUGGCAGGACCCUGGCAGCUCUGCAGCCUGAGCAGAGAGCGGAGAUUAUUUAUCGUCUUGCUGACUUAUUAACUGAUCAGAGAGAAGAAAUUCUCUUGGCAAACAAAAAGGACUUAGAAGAAGCUGAAAAUAAAGGAAGAUUGGCACUUCCUUUGUUGAAACGUCUAAGUCUGUCUACAUCAAAGCUGAACAGCUUGGCUAUUGGGCUACGUCAGAUUGCAGCAUCCUCACAGGACAGCGUUGGCCGCAUAAUUCGGAGAACACGAAUAGCAAAGGAUCUAGAGUUGGAGCAGGUGACAGUGCCUAUUGGGGUCCUUCUCGUGAUUUUUGAGUCCCGUCCUGACUGUCUUCCACAGGUGUCUGCUUUGGCCAUAGCUAGUGGAAAUGGCUUGCUACUAAAAGGAGGGAAAGAGGCUGCAUAUAGCAAUCAAAUCCUUCAUCAUCUGACACAAGAAGCACUCUCCAUUCAUGGAGUCAAAGAUGCAGUGCAACUAGUGAAUACAAGAGAGGAAGUAGAAGAUCUCUGCCGUUUGGAUAAGCUGAUAGAUCUAAUCAUUCCACGUGGUUCAUCCCAGCUAGUCAGGAAUAUCCAGAAAGCUGCUAAGGGAAUUCCAGUGAUGGGACACAGUGAAGGGAUCUGUCAUGUGUAUGUGGACACAGAUGCCAGCGUUGAGAAGGUCACGCGAAUAAUCAGAGACUCAAAGUGUGAAUAUCCUGCUGCCUGUAAUGCUCUGGAAACACUCUUAAUUCAUCGAGACUUGCUGAGAACCCCGUUGUUUGAUCAGAUCAUAGACAUGUUGAGAGUAGAACAGGUGAAGAUUCAUGCUGGCCCAAAGUUUGCCUCUUACUUGACAUUCAGCCCCUCAGAAGUGAAGUCUCUCCGCACUGAAUAUGGGGAUCUGGAGUGCUGCAUUGAGGUUGUGGACAGUGUACAAGAGGCUGUUGAACAUAUCCACAAGUAUGGAAGUUCUCACACAGAUGUUAUCGUCACAGAGAACGAGAAAACAGCAGAGUUCUUCCUCCAGCAUGUGGACAGUGCUUGUGUUUUCUGGAAUGCCAGUACCCGAUUCUCUGAUGGAUAUAGAUUUGGACUUGGUGCUGAAGUUGGAAUUAGUACUUCUCGUAUCCAUGCACGUGGACCAGUGGGAAUUGAAGGACUCUUAACUACAAAGUGGUUACUGAGAGGGAACAAUCAUGUUGUUUCUGACUUCUCAGAGCAUGGGAGCAUGAAGUAUCUCCAUGAAAGCCUACCUCUCCCUCAGAGAAAUACCAACUGAGAACAUUGUGAGAAAAUUCAGGGGGAAAAUGUUUAUUGAAGAAGUUCAGGCUUCAGGGUGCUCUUUGGGGGGAGAGAGUUGUUUUUUAUCUCUGGGAUCAUUGUUCUUGGUCAUUGUGCAGUACAAUGAAUAUGAAGUGAUCCUAUCUGUGACACACAUUUGUUGCUGUCUCUUACUGUUUCCUUAGAUAGUAUCUGCAAACUGACCUUGCUUUUGCCAGAGAGGUUUCUUCAAAAUGUACAGAUACCAUAAGGAAAAGUUUAAAUACCUGCUGCAUUCUUUUCAUCCCCUUGCUCCCCUCCAGCAAAGAUGCCUGGUGGUAGAGUGUAUUUUUUUUUCCCUGUCUUUAAUUUGAACUUCUGUCUUGGUGAACAAACUUGGUAGCUCUUCUUAAGUCAUGUGAUCAUGGCAGCUCUUGAAAGCUCUAAAGCUUUAAGACACUUACUGUCUUUAUUUGAUCACUCUGUGAUUCCUAUGCAUUUAGAACAUUUAUUUUUUCAUUAAUGUUUUGACCAAGCAACCUUUUUAAUCUAAUUUCUUUGUAUUUUUGACAACUGUAGAUAAAUAACACAACUGUAUACAGUGUGAAUUUUGUUACCUAUUUCUACCAGACAUUUAUUUCUCAUUGGUUUUAUAUGAAAUGUAAUCCCUCCAAACCCAUCAUCCAGAUGCAAUGCUACUUUGAGGUUUAAAAGAAGCUCUGAAUAAAUGCUUCGUUUUGCGUACCGGAA